AUUGAUUGCAACAAACGCAUGUGCGUAGACUGCACAGAGAUGCAUAAAAGUAUCAUGGUUCCACACACAAUACUACCCAUUGACAAAACGAAACAUGCGGGCAUCAAAAAGGUAUUGGAUUCAUCUGAUAGAAGUCAAGUAUGUCAAACACAUCAUGACAAACUCGUCACUUUCUACUGCAAGACCUGCAAUGUGACAUACUGCGCCAAAUGUGAAUAUCACGCCUCACAUGAUACCGAAACGAUUCCGACAGCUGCGAGGUACGUACGGAAACAUUUACAACAAUAUAUCGCUGCCCAAAGUCCAGUAGUAGCCCAGAUAAGGGAUAGGAUAGCCGACUACAGCAGAUUCCAAACGGAACUUGUGUCUCAGUUAGAGUCAUCUCGUAAAACGUUGUACAAUUUUUCGGGACUUCUCGCAGACUCUAUUCGUCAAAAAGCAAGAGCUGUAGAUGAAGAGUUGAAACAGCUUUUCACGGCUCAAAAGAGAGACUCGUUUAUCAUCAUCAAGCAGUUGGAAGACGAAGAGGCUGUUGGAAAAAGUUUUAUAAAUGAUAUUCUGGCAUCAUUGAAUUACGGCAGCACUGUUCAGCUGGUCCGAUCAAUGUCAGGCUUCGACAAAAGGUACGGAGAUAUCGUUACUCUUCCUCCACACUUACUUGAUCCAGCCAUGAAACCUAUGUUUCAGUUCAAACCUUCAUCUGACACGAAACCAAUAACAGAGUUCGUUAUUGGGUCCAUUUGUGGACAUCAGCCAGUCACUCAAGGUCAAACAAAGUUAAGAGACCAAGCAUCUUGGGAUGAAAGAUACUACAAACGACAAAGUAAAAGUGACCAAUCAUCUUGGAAUGACAGUUACUUCGGACGACAAAAUAAAUCGAAAUAAGUUAUUAUUGAUAGCUUUUCUUUACCGUA